CCUCCACCUCCUCCGCCCGCCGCAUCGUCCCGGCCGGCACCCACCCCGCCGGCGGCCCAGGCACCGCCUCCCGGCGCCGACUACUGGCGCGCAAACUUUGACGUGGCCGUCCCCGUCUCGCAGGACUGGCACCACGAGACGGGCAACAACAACGGCUGGGGCAACGCCGAGCUCGAGCACUACACCGCCUCGGCCGCCAACGCGUUCCACACGCCCGACCACAAGCUCGUCCUCCGCGCCGUCGCCCAGCCCGACCACCCGGACCCGGCCCAGUGCUACACCUCGGCCCGCCUCGUCUCGCGCCAGACCCUAGCCCGCCACCGCGGCGUCCUGACCACCUGGCUCUCCCUCCCCUGCGCCGAGGGCAUCUGGCCCGCCUUCUGGCUGCUGCCCAGGGAGCCCAUGACGUGGCCCCACGACGGCGAGGUCGACAUUGCCGAGACGUGGAACGGCGACUGCGAGAACCACUCCUGCCUGCACUGGGGGUUCUACACGCCCGAGGACCACAACAAGCACCUCGUCCGGGGCACCAAGAUCCCGGACAUGGCAACCGGGAGGCCGAUCAGAUUUGACUUUGCCUGGGACUGCGUGGCCACGGCGGGCAAAGCGCCGGGCAGGUUCAUGUGGUAUAUCGAUGGGAGGCCGGUGAUGAAGAACCUGAUGCCCGAGGGGACGCGAAGCAUCGACGACUGGUGUGUCAUCAUGAAUGUCGCGAUGGGCGGGAAUGUCUGUGCGGGCAAGACGCCGGCCCGCGGAUCGUACGACAUGGUGGUGCACGAGGUCAGGAUGAGCGAGGAGCCCGAGGGCGGCGGCUGGGCCAGGUUCGAGCAGGACUGGUGGCAUUGUCCGGAUGGG